AUGUUGGCUGCGAUAGCGUUGGCGGUGGGCCUGUGUUUGGCACAGAUUGCGUACGGUUUUGUCGAGAUCUCACCCAAGUAUGGGCCCAAGUCGUUGGGUCGUAUGGGCAGUCGUGUGGUGGGCGGCACACCCGCCAGUGCCAGUCAGUCACCGUUUCAGGCGUCGCUAAAUGCCGAGGGUUGGUUUGGUUGGAGUCACAUAUGUGGCGGUUCAUUGGUUGGCAAACGGUCAGUGAUUACGGCCGCACAUUGCUGUGAU